AUAGAUUAAAUAGCAUGCAGCUCAAACCCUCACUGGCAUUUUGGUGACUUCGUCGUUUCUAUCCUAGAACUGCCGGCUUAUUUUAUCCGGAGGCCCCCGGCGGAGCAGCGCAUGCACCAUUGCAGAGACUUUGGUCACCGUUGCCUCCUUAACCUUGACCUCGUCAACAUAUUGAUCUGGACGACGAUACAACACCCCUUUUGACAAGCCUAUGCUGCAUUUGACUCCUGAUUUAUCGACAAAGUUCUUGCCACGAACGACCAUCAAUUCGAGACUCAAAUUCCAAAAUCCAAGCCAGUCGAGAACGGUUCUUUUACCAUGGAACUUUGCAGAUCUACUCGCGGGGCGUAAGGCCAUGUUGGGCGGCACAUCGUCCAUCAAUAGCUCAGACGAAGUUGAGGCUUCUGACAUUCCACAGCCCUCUUCGCAUAUCGCGCAAGAAGAUGCUCUACUGGACGUGCUCGCCUUCAAAGAGACUGUACGACUCUCGCUCUUCAACUCUGGCAUUAGCGCAGGCUUUCCAGCUCACGAAUGAGACCGUUGCGAAUCCAGGUAUUUUAGGCGUCGCCGGCAAUCGCAUCGGCAUGCCUAACUCUCGUGGAAUUUCGAGUGGUCAGAAGCGCUGUCCCACCGUCGCAAAUGGCUUUGUCGCGUGUCCUCAGCGGCUUUUCCUCGAUGAGCCCAUCUCGGGGUUGAAUUCAGCUUCAGGAUUCGAGGCCAUGCCGGCGAUCAAGCGCGUCGCUCAGCAGAAAGGCAUUAUCGUUAUUGUGACCAUGUACUCACCCGCGUGGCAUACAUUUUCGCUCUUUGACUCGACACUCCUACUCGCAAGCGGGAAGAUCAUGUUCUACGGCAAGCCAAGCGAAGUGGCGCCGUAUUUUAGUGACUUGGACCAUCUCUGCCCAUCUCACACCUAUCCGGCGAAUCACAUGAUGAGGAUCAUCAAGGCCGAUAUCGGCCAGUCCGGAGCGGACUGCGAGCACAUUGCUGCGGCCGACCGAGUCAUCAAAAGGGGCACCCAGAAUUCUUUUGCUCUGGCAUGGCAGAGGCAUGCAGAGUCACUUUAAGCUGACCGUUCCCGCUCAUAGUGAACACUCUCUUGAUGGUUCUUUGACGAGGGUUAUGCACUCUCCUAGCAAAGUCCUUGCGCAAGUCACGUUCCUGACCCAACGCAACUUGAUCAAUUACAA